AGAUCUACACCGGAACCCGCAUCUUUUGUGUGUCUGUCAUUGAUCCUGGUGUAGAGAACUCUCACUGUGGUAGUGGGAGGAAGCCAAGUUGGAAUCACCGCGGAGACAUACACAGAGAGUGAAACUCCCUCUCGUUGUGGUCUGAAGCGUCCCUCUGCUCAGCGGCUCUGGACGCGGACGGACUACUUCUGCACACACUGACCGGAUUUCCACGAAUCUCCGCGGCCUAAACUCACCGCUUCACACCCUGUCGUGGGACACAUGGAAGUUUAAAGUUGAUUCUAAACUUUUGCUCGCGCUUCUCUUUCUUGGCCGGGACUUACACCCACACACACACGUAAAUUACGUACACUGGCUCGUGCGGCCGCUGCUGGUCGGUGAAGCGGCGCGUCCAUCUCCACAUGUGCCUGCUGAAUUGUUCCUGGUGCUGAGUCUCCACAACACUCAGCUGGAGCUUCUCUGUUUGCUUUCCCCGGAGACUUGCGCGAGUGACGGACGCAAGUUUACCUGUGCGCACACCGCGACACACGUCUCCUUCCGCCGCUAGCUUGCUCUCUCAUUACACGACCGACUGUUUCUUAGGAGUUGUCGCCGGAGAGAAGUACCGAGGAGCGGCAUCAGGACACGCAUGGACCCGCCUGGAGAGAGUGAAAGCCGGCGGUGGGAAGGUAGGAGCAGGAGGUGGAGAAAGCCCGCUGCGCUCAACAGGAACAAAACACAGAUGGAUGCCAUGUUCGUCGUCGGUGUUUUCUGCCUCCAAGUUCUGUCAAUCCAGGCCUCUGCCAUCCAGUUUACCAAGGAACCAAAGUCCCAGGAUGCCUUGCAUGGCCGCAGCGCCAUGCUCCGCUGCGAGGUGAGCGAUCCGACUGACAUCACUUACAGCUGGCUUCACAACAGACAGAGCCUUGAAAACACCGAGAGGCGAUUCCAGGAAGGCAGCAACCUCAAGUUCACCGCCGUGGACCGGAGACUGGACGCAGGGAACUUCGAGUGCGUCGCAAUGAACGCUGGGACGGGAGAGUUCCUGCAGUCCACCAACGCCUCCUUCAAUAUCAAGUGGUUGGAGAGUGGCAAUGUGACUUUGAAGGAACCAACAUCAGAAGGAGAGAUUGAGAGCUCCUCCACAGUGAUACUGCGGUGUCUCAUCGAUGGCCACCCAAGGCCAACCUGCCAGUGGUUCAAGGAUGGAGUGAAGCUGACGGAAAAGACCCAUCAGAUCAAUAACAAGGAGAGAACGCUCACCUUCAAGAGCGCCAGUCCUGAUGACAACGGCCUGUACUACUGCUGUGCCAAGAAUGCAGCCGGACAUGUCUGCAGCAGCAGCAACUUCACUCUCAACAUAAUCGAUAAGAGUUUCCCUCGUGCCGUGGUCACUCCUGAAGAUCAAGUGGUGUUGAAGAACGAGGAGGCCAUGUUCCACUGCCAGUUCACUGCUGAGCCGGCACCAACCCUGGAGUGGUUUCAUCAAAAUGAGCUGCUGGCAAACAAAUCACGAGUGAUUCUGCUCCAGAACGGCUCGCUCGUAAUCACUCAGGUCAAGCCUAGGAACACGGGAACGUACAAAUGUGUCGGCCGCGGCCUCAGAGGCUCCCAGGUUACCUUGGAAGCCUCUCUCCUCAUAGCUGAGUUAGAAGACGUGGUGCCGACAAUGUCAAAGGUCUUCACAGCAGACACCCUGCAGAGGGUGCCCUGUCGGCCACCGCGUGGCAGACCUGAGCCCAAGGUGUGGUGGGAGAGAGGAGGUCAGCCUGUCCCCACGGAGGGCAGAGUUUACCAGGACGGUCUGGACCUGGUUUUCAGUCCCACAGAGGAAGGGGAUUCAGGCACUUACACCUGUGUGGCCCAAAACAAAGCUGGACGCAGGACACACGAAGUUACCUUCACCGUGGCCACUGCCCCUGUGUGGGUAACAAAGCCUCAGGACAGCUUUUUAGAUGAGAGUAAACCAGGGUACCUUCACUGUCACGCCCAGGCCAACCCUGAACCUGAGGUCACCUGGUACCGAAACAACAUCAUGGUCACACCUGAGGACUCUCGUUUUAAACUGUUCCCUAACGGCACCCUGAGGAUCAACAAUGUCGAGGUUUAUGAUGGGCAAAUAUACGCCUGUGAAACCAAGACCGUUGCUGGUCGUUUGACUGGACAGGCUAGAGUUUCUGUGUUGGAAAAACUGAAGUUCACUCCAACCCCACAACUUUCUCAGUGCCUGGAGCUGGACAAUGACAUCACCAUCCAGUGCUCUGCUAAAGGCAGGGAGCCUCCCACCAUCCGCUGGACUAAAGCAGACGGAGGAGAGCUACCGCCUCACGUGGAUCAGAGGAACGGCCAGCUUCACUUCACUAAAGUCACACGAAAUGACGCUGGAAACUACACAUGCAUCGCAACCAACAGCCUGCAAGGGGAGAUCAGAGCCCUGGUGACCCUCACUGUGGCCGUGUACGUUCGCUUCAAAGUGGAUCCAGAGAACACAACAGUGUAUCAGGGUCACACGGCCGUCCUGCACUGUCAGGCCAGCAGUGACCCCGAGCCUCACAUCCACUGGAUGGUCAAGGACAAGACGUUGGACAUCAGCAAAGACAGGAGGUUUCAGAAGAUGCCCAAUGGAUCACUGGUGAUUAGAGAUGUCACCACAGAUGACACGGGCAGAUACACUUGUGUGGCUGGAAACAGCUGCAGCAUCAAGGACCGCGUGGCCAUGCUCUAUGUAGUGGCAGACAAACCAGUGCAGUUCAACGAGGAAGACGGGGACAAGGCUCCCUACAAGAUGAUCCAAACCAUCGGCCUGUCAGUGGGAGCAGCCGUGGCCUACAUUAUCGUUGUGCUGGGUCUCAUGUUCUACUGCAAGAAGAGACGCAACGCCAAGAGACAGCCGAAGGGCCAGGAUGGAGAGGAGCCGGAGAUGGAGUGUCUGAACGGAGGAGCUGUUCAGCAAAAUGGCCACACCACUGCUGAGAUCCAGGAAGAGGUGGCACUCACCAACAUGGGUACCAUGGCAACAACUGAGAAGCGGCAGAGCCACAUCAACAACGAUAAGCUCCACUUUCCUCGUGCAAACCUGCAGACCAUCACCACUUUAGGUAAGGGGGAGUUUGGUGAGGUGUUGCUCUCCAAAGCCAAGGGCAUUGAAGAGAGUGAGACGGAGACCGUGGUGCUUGUGAAGAGCCUGCAGACCAGAGAUGAACAGCUGCAGCUGGAUUUCAAACGAGAAGCUGAAAUGUUUGCUAAGCUCAGUCACCAAAACGUCGUUCGCCUGCUGGGCCUGUGCAGGGAAGCAGAGCCCCACUACAUGAUCUUAGAGUACUAUGACCUGGGUGACUUGAAGCAGUUCCUGAGAAUUUCCAGAAAUAAAGAUGACAAGAUCAAAUCUCAACCCAUCAGCACCAAGACCAAAGUCUCCAUUUGUGCCCAGGUGGCUCAUGGGAUGGAGCAUCUGUCCAAUCAUCGCUUUGUUCACAAAGACCUGGCUGCGCGAAACUGUCUGAUAAACAGUCAGAGACGCAUCAAAGUGUCAUCACUGAGCCUGAGCAAAGACGUCUACAACAGUGAGUACUAUCACUACAGGCAGGCCUGGAUCCCACUGCGUUGGCUCCCUUCAGAGUCUGUGUUUGAGGAUGACUUCUCCACCAAGUCUGAUGUGUGGGCCUUUGGAGUGUUGAUGUGGGAAGUGUUUAGUCAUGGGGAAAUGCCCCACAGCAAACUCAGUGAUGAUGAGGUUCUGGAAGGCCUGAAGGCAGGAAAGCUGAAGCUUCCAGUUCCAGAUGGAUGUCCCUCCAAAAUCUACAAGCUGAUGGUUCGCUGCUGGGCACUGAGCCUCAAAGAGCGUCCGUCCUUCGCUGAUAUUGUCCACACUCUGGGAGACCUGCCCUCUGACAGCAAAGUCUGAGACGGUGGUCACUCCAGUCCAAAUCUGGAACUUCAACCACCAAUGUUCCCAGGGAUGAAAAAAAAAAUCAAGAGACAAAAAUGCUGGAUUCAAGUCCCACACAUUUCAGGAAAGAGUUUUGAAAAAGAACAGAUCACUUUUAUAUGCGUUUCAAAAUGUGUGUCUGUGUGUAUGACUGAUAAGACACUUCAGUGUGAUGGCUUGUGUUAAGCAGUGACAGGAGAUUACGUUUGCCUUUACUGCAGCAUGAACGACUCCCCCCUUCACUUCCUGUCUGUGGUUCUAUUUGUGACCCUGCCUGUCCGUAGACACUUUGAUUCAUGGAGUCUCACAAACCUCGGUGCCUCGUGUCCUGCACAGAUUCACAAACACACUCACACACACUAAAAUCCCAACUUCUACCUGGAGAGAUUUUGGGCUUGGUGCCGUCAUUGGCACAGAUUAAAUAAGAGUUGGUUAGAACUUUAGAAAAAUCCUUAAAUUUUCAGUUCCCUUUUUUGUUGGGUCCUGAGAGAUCGUUGGGCAUCAAACAACUUCACUGGACAUUCCAGUUGAAUCGAGUGAGACUGCUCCAAGGCGUCUGCUUCAUUCACUUUCCAUCUAUUGGGAACCCGGAUCCACCGGCUUUAUUUUGAAGGAGACACUUGCUGCUCUGUCCGUCAGCGACCCGCACCUGCCCAACUCUGAAGUGCAUGCUCAAGCACCUGUGCACACGUCACUAACUUCUUCCAUGCCGCAGACAAAGUGGAAGUGGGUUUGAAGGAGGUUCCGUUGUCAUGUGGACAUUUUUAAAGAAAGUCGUCGGUGGCACCGUAACACUUCAGGAACCAAUCUUUUUUAAAGAUCCAAAUGUAAAGCCAAGGAUUCUGUUGAAUGAAUGAGACUGUGCUAAUUUGGCUUUGUCCAGUUUUUUUUAGGCGUGUUUUGUUUGUGUUUUAACAUUGAGGUGCUUAUUGGUCACUACCUAUGGGUAAGAACACCUGUGCUACACCACGUUACUAUCAUUGUGUCGUCUCAGUUGCAGGGAAUGCCGCCUGUCGUUGUUGUUUUCCAGUUUUCCUCCUGAUCCAGUUGAUUUUUGUGCAAUGCUGCAGAGCGAACCAUCACACCACGCAGUGUGUACAUAAAGUAGAAGCCAUGCACUAACUUCUCCCUAAAGGACUAUUCCUCUUUAUCUGUCAUGUUGUGUAGAAGGACAUGCAGGUUCCUGUUUAUGUUUCUGAUGAAGGUCCUUUUUUAAUUUUUUUUUAACUUUUGUUUUUGUAUAAAAAGGUACUUUCAUGGAUGGUUUGUACACACAUCCUCCUGGUCCAUCCUCACAUCUGUUCAGCCUGUUAAUCGGCGUACGUUACGUACAAAUGAGGUCAAAAGAGUGACUCAUUUAAGUGCCUGAUCAAUGAAGGAUUAUCCUAACUGUUUCCUUUUUUUACAUUAUCUAAUCUGAUGCAAUGGCCUUUGUUUAUGAAUCUGUUUUUAUACCUUUUCUGUUUUCAGUGUAAAGUUUUGUUUUUAUGAAUGCUAGGUCACUCGCACCUGGGCCUCUGUUUUUUUAAUCUGCUUCAGCAAUUGUUCACAAUAAUCACAUAUAUACAACAGUAUACAUGCUGCUGUCAAUAAAGGUUCACAGUGUUUGUA